AAAAAUUAUUUAUGGAUCGGAUUUAUUAAAAAUGAGUGUAAAAAAUUCGUCAACAGACAGACAGACGGAAACGUGUGGCACCCGGUAUACACAGCCACAGCUAGUUUAUCCGUAAAUAUACCAAUCCGCAAGCACUAAAUCCGCUUUGGCCGUGCAUUCUGGCGUAAGUGCAUCAAUAAUUCCUGCAUUUAUUACCAAUUCAGCGUCAUCAAGCUUCCAAUAAAACUCCGCUGCCGCUUUUAUCCAACCAGAACGGUCCCGCCCUCAUUGUUCGCUUAACAAAAAUAAAAGAAUUACGGUAUGUCUGCAACCAUCCGAGCACUUAUCUCCUAAUUACGAGUCGAUUAUGAAUAAUAAAUGGUGUUGCUAUUGUCACCGCUAUAAUCGACCAAACAAGCCAUUGUUGACUUUGAGUUGAAUCGCGGCGAAAAAACAGGUGAGUCAUCGCCGUGUUGUCACGUCUCAUUGUCAAGGCGAUAUUACAAGAUUCAUUUAAAUAACAAACAAAACCGGGUCCGCCUUCGUGUUUGCUUUUCAGGUAUUAAUAGCGGGGUUUCGGAAUCAGGGGUCAUUCGUGGAAAAUUUCUCGAAGCGUGGGUACCAUGAAGCUGCUACUACUAGUGUGUGCUUUCGGCAUUCUUGUGGCCCUUUCCAAGUGUGACCAAGUGGACAAGGAAGAAGACUGCAAGUGUUGGGAGAAUUUCAAACCGGAGAAAGAUACAGGCACCGGGUACUACUGUAGAGGCGAAAAGCACCACAGGGUUUUCAGUUGCAACGAAGAGAAGCCGCCGAUUUGCAAGUGCGAGGUUGAUGGAAAGAUAGUGGAUUUGGACUUGGGGGAAACUAAUUGCUUGACGGUGAAUGUGAAGAAUGGACGGUGGUGCCACAAUAGGGCCGAGUUUGCAGAGUACUUCCGAAAGCAUCCAGAGCACGCCAUAUAUGACUAAAUUUUGUUACAUUUAUACUGCGUUUGUACUUAAAAUAGAAUAAAGGAACAUUUAGAUUACGUCUGUAUUUUCAGUAAACUAAUUUAAAAAUUCCGGCUAUUAAAAACGCGUUUUGUUGUUUAAUAAUUAGUAAUUACCCAGAAUCGGCAAGUACUUCUCGAGGUGAUUGUUUCAAGGACGACUCCCCUCUUCCACCCAUCUUCAUAUUUAUUGCAUCUUCUGCAACAUCCUGCACCAUUUCCACUACCAACAACAUGAAGUACUUACUUGUGUGUGUUUUACUGGCGACUUUCGCCUGCGCCACAAGCGGGAGUGUGACCAAGGAAAAGGACUGCAAAUGUUGGGAGGAUUUCAAGCCUGAAAGGGCUGAAGAUAGAAGUUACUACUGCAAGAGCGAGAAGAACUCCAGAAGUUUUAGUUGCAAUGAAGAAAAGCCGCCGAUUUGUCAGUGCGAAAAACAGGGCAAGACAAUCGUCCUGGACUUGGGGUACACAGAUUGUCUUAUCGUGGAUCUGAAAAAUGGGAGGUGGUGCAAGAACAGAAGGGAGUUCGAGGAGUAUUUCAGCAGGCAUGCGGAAUAUGCGAUUUAUAACUCAGUGUUUUAAAUAGCUAUUAUUACAACUAGGGAAAUAUGAAUACUAUAUUUCCCGAGGUUGGCUAGUUACAUCCCGAGGGUGCAACCCGAGGGAUGUAUAGACAACCAAGGGACAUAAUUCAUAUUUCCCGUGUUGUAAUCAAUAGUUUUUUUCUGAUUGAUACAAUAUUGUUGCAAAAAAUAUUGGAUUCUAAAUUUUUGAAUUAAUCGGAUUGGUAACGUUGCUAAGGGUGUUUGUAAAUAUCAUGGUUGGCUGCUUUGAUUGUCGCGUCCUGUCAUAAAUAAAAUUGAUGAAAUGUCGAACUACGUGCUAUCACAAGCGGCGAAAGCCCGUGAAUGUUUGGUUCCCGUGAAAUCUAAAGCUGCUUACAGUAAAGUGUAUGAAGACUUUCAAGAAUGGAGAAGAGAAAAUUCGGUGAAUGGUGUCGACGAAAAUAUUUUGCUUGCAUUUUUUGAAGAUUUGUCGCACAAAUAUUCACCAAAUACGUUGUGGCCAAAAUUAUCGAUGCUAAGGUCAAUGUUACAUUUAAGGGAAAAAACUGAUGUUAAACUGUUCGAUGAAGUAGAAGCAUUUGUGAAGAAUAAAAAUAAAGGAUACAUUCCUAAAAAAUCAGAGGUGUUGUCUCGACAACAGCUCAAAAAAUUCAUGCGAGAAGCUCCUAAUGACAUUUUUUUGAUGUAUAAGGUCGUUUUAAUUAUGGAAAUCUUUGGCGCCUGCAGAACGAACGAAUUGGUGAAUAUAAAUCAAUUAAAAAAUAAAAAAAAAUUGUAGUGAAAUAUGACAAUUCAUAUUUCCCUUGGGACAAUAUGAUCAUUUCAUAUUUACCUUGGGAAAU